CGAGAGGCCAAGGCAGUCGGAUUAAUGUGCCUAGUGAAUGAGUGCGACAAAGACGAUCUUAUGGAAUAUAACUAUAAAGGUCUCUGGACCCCCCGCCCUUCUUGCCCCCCUCUUUGCCCUGUCUAGACAACCUUUUACGUAAGCCGAUCUUGGCGCGUACUCGAAGCGAGGGUCGUUCUUCGCCAAAAGACGUGCACUUCAAACGAUAUCCGAUAAAGGCACAAUCGAUAUUGUGAAACUUCGAUAGUGAAGUAUGGCCAAAAACGGAGUUUCGCCUCUGCUCAAAGACAAAACAGAAAAUACCGCCGCGUAGAGUGAUAUUAUGAUUGAGAUUAAAGUAUGUCACUACCUAUUUUUAUUUACACUUCUGGAAUCGGCCCUGCAAAUCCGACCGUCCGUGCACGGACAUAACAAUGUUUUUGUGCAAGAUGACAAUGAUGUUCAAUAUCUGUUGGAUAAUAUACCUAUUUCUAUGCACAAGGAUUUCACUAGUCCGGUGCACGGGGCUGGGGAUUCUGUAUCCAACAAUCAUGUGCAAGAUUCCAUCUCUUACAUUCAAUUCGAACCAAGUAUUUUGGAUUUUAAAGAAAGACAACUUGGUGUACCCCAUCAAGAAACUGUGACACUCUACAAUAGAGAUGAUAAUAAAACGAUACAUCUUUCAUCCAUAUCCGGGAACACACAGCAUUUUCAUUCAUCGUUCUUUCAAGACAAAGUGAUUCCACCGCUUGGAAACACAACAUUCAACGUUGUCUUCCUUGGUCGAGAAGAGGGUGACAUAGAAAGUUAUCUUUUCAUUCACACAUCAGAUGGAACACUCAAAUAUCAGGUCAGAGGUGUAAGUGUGAGUAGUCCCUACAGAUUAAGACCUGUAGUCGGUGUAAAGUUGCCGUUGAAUGCAUCGUUCACUCCUCUCAUUUAUAUGCAUAAUCCACACCCUGAACCUAUGCAGGUUAUAGAGGUGUAUAGUAGCGGAGGAGAGUUUCAGUUAGAAUUACCAUCGGGACAAGCAGAGGGACCACGUGAAUUGUGGGAAAUUCCACCAUACCAAACGAAACCAGUCAUUAGAUUACAUUUUAAUGCCUGCACCGAAAAGAACCAUACCGCAUACAUUAGAUUUAAAGUAAAUAACAGUGCGGAGGUGUUGAUUGUGGCAGUUGAAAUCGAAGUCAGUAGCGGAGCUGGACUUCACUGGGGUGGAAGUUCUGGGGUGAUCAAUUUGGGUAUGGGUGGUUCUUUACAACCUCCCAUUCACUAUCCGAUAGCUUUGAAAAAUUCGGCCAAGAAACCCGUCAAAGUACUGAAUAUCAUCAGCACCCCAGUUUCUAAAGCAUUACAAAUUAACUUCGAGCCUGUUGUAAUACCGGGGGAUACAGAUGUACCGAUAGCAGUUGGAACAUUGAUUUACGACUGGAAAACUGGACUAGAUUUGCAACACUUUAAAGGGAAAUUAAUGAUCAAAGGAGUCGGCCCAGGUGGGUCUAGUCAAAAGUUAGCGAUACCAUGGGUAGCGGAGGUGCUGCAAGGUGGACUCGAAGUUAAUGGCUCGAUAGCUCAUUACUGUUCGCCCCAUUCCAGUCAACCUCGGAACUUUAGUGUCGUUAAUAAAUUCAAAUUACCAUUGGCAAUAACGAACGUAUCACUAUCAUCGGAAGCAAAAUCAUUAUUUGAGAUAAGAAAUUUCAUUCCUAAAGUCUUGAAACCUGGUCAAAAGACAAGUAUAUUUUCACUAUCAUUAAAUAAGAAAAGGGAAAACGAGAAUAUACAGUUGGAGUCGUCGAUACUGAUUCACUCCAAUGUCUCAAUGACCGAGGUUCCAUUGUUGAGUUACGAUGGGAAAGUAAGGAAAAUCAUUCCUGGCGAGGGGGAGACUGAUAAAGGAACUAUGAACUUUGGCACGGUAGGUAGCGGUACGGAAAACGAAGCUAUCUUUGCUCUGGAAAAUCAGAACCCAGUGAAUAUUGAGCUACAUGGUUGGGGAGUUAACAUGCCCGGUGCAGUGUUGGAGUUGAUGGGCUGCCAACAAGGUCCUACCGAUCUGUUCAAUAAAGGGUUUCGCAACAUUACAGUCUGCAGUCAGAAUGGAAACCAAAACAUCAAACCAGGCUAUUUGGCAGUCUUCAAGAUAAAAGUGAAGACUCCCAUGGUGGAAGAAGACACCAUCGUCGGAGAUGUAUUCGUGAGGACGACUUAUGAACGACUUACCGUCCCAGUUUUCAUGCGAGUAGCUCACGGUAGAAUCGCGAUGAAGAAACUCACCUUCACGGAUUGCUUCCCAGGAGCUAUUUGUAUGCAACAAAUAAAGGUACACUCGACGUUCGUUAGAUCCAUGGACGUGACGUUCGUUUCCCCAGUCCAGAAAGACAAUCGUAUUAAAUAUAUCCCACUGGAAGAAACGACGAAGCCAAUUAUAUCGAAAGGAGAUAACCACAUUGGUUCCAUUAGAAUUGAUCCAUCUAUCACUUGCAAGCAACAUUGUUAUCUUGGAUUGUCGUUGAAUACUAGUGUUGGCAGUCAGUGGUUAAACACGAUGACUCUCCCGUCUCAUGUGCGCGAUUCCGACUUGAAUUUAUUAAACGCACGGUACGCUCGUUACUUGAAUUCGACCGGAGGAGGGUCCUGGGAUAACAUCACGAUGCGUUUGGACACAACGGAAGUUAGGGGACAUAAAUUCUUCGUGAACCUGAAACCUUACUGGCCCAGUCUUCUCGGUGGGUCAGGCUCGACAAGGAACAAGAGCGCAUUGACUUUUCCACUAACUCAAGUCGGCCACAUUUCGUACAAGACGAUUAAAUUACACAAUCCAAGCUCUAGUCCACUGUUAGUGCAGUUAGUGAUGGACUGGACUUACCCUCAAGGAUCUCGUUUGUAUCAUUUUCUGCCUAGCAAGUUUAAGCCUGUGUGCUUGGAGUGUCCACCCAGUGUAUCGGGGGAAUUCAAGCUGGAGGAAAUUGUGGAAGAACGGGAAUUCUUCGGCAAACAUUGGGAUGUCGUAGUGCCGCCGCAGACGUUACCUUUAUACCUGAAUCCUGGCGAAUGGAAAACUAUACGUCUUUCCUAUUCCCCUUCGUCAGCUGCUGCGUCAUCCGCACUUUUAUACAUUAGGAAUAAUAUGACUAUACUAGAAGUGUUACGUCUGGUAGGACGUGGAGCACAUGCACAAUUUAAAUUCGGCAAUCGUAAGCCAGGCUCGACGACGCCUUUGUUGUUCGAGCUUGCCGAGAGGCACCUGAAAGAUUGCGAACGCGAACGAGCCAGGAUGAAUCCUGUUCCCAACCUGACCGUGAAACGCUCCUUCACCGCCAGGAACACCGGAGAGCUGCCGAUCGACAUCCAUGGAUUUUACAUAAACGGAUUGCAUUGCGAGGGAUAUGGUUUCAAAGUACUUAAUUGUGCGCCCUUCAAGCUCAUCCCGAAUGCCACGAAAAAGAUCGAGAUCGCGUUCACGCCGGAUUUCACGCUCUCGAGGAUAGAAAGGGAACUCUUGAUCCUGACCAGCCUGGGAGUCGGCAGUCCAGACACGGACGAACUCAAAGACAACGGUAUGGCACGCCUGACCUUACUCACGACAGUCCCAGCGUACACUUUGGAGUCCUGUGCUGCGGUACUUACCAGACCCAGCUGGGAGAGGUCGGUACAGUGGGCAGCGAUAAGUCUAUCCUCGAUUCUGCUGAUGUGUGUCCUCGCCGUGUCGUUUCUGGAAGCCGACAGGAUAUUGAGAGGAGCUUUAGUCAAUUUAUCGAAGGCGACGCCGGUGCAGCCACCCCUGGACCUGAGGCAGCUCUCUCACGCGUCCUCUCAGUCUUCGGGUGCCGGCAAGGAGGCGUCCGAGGACAGGAACAAAGUCCAGAAAAAGGAGGAGACCUCUCCCGACUGGACGCUGAUGAACGUCAAGAAGAAGGAGAAGGACUCGCAGAAGCUGAUAAAAAUCCCCGACUGGACCGUUGACGAGGAACGUAGGUUUAGGAUGGAUGUCGUGUCGAAAGAGGUGCCUUCGUCGAAACGCUGCGAGGACCCGGCUCCAGUGGACAGUGGCACUAGCAAUAACUCUUUUGUUACGAAAAAGAAAAACGGUAAGAAGCAACACAAUAAUCCACAGGACGCCCAGGUGGAGAGUACACCUGUCGUGGAGAACACCGCGAUGAGCGACAUGCAGGUGAUACCUGAGAAGAAGUACACCUCGAACUCCUCGACCAAGUCCAGCCCUACGACGAACAGAAAGGGAAAGGCGAACAAUAAGGAUGAGGUUAAGCUCGUAGAGUACGAGGUUCAGGUCGACGGGGUGGCGGGACUCUUGAGCAACGUUAGGGAAAGCAAACCGGAUAAGAAGAAACCACUUGCGAGCACUAACGGGGCUAACGAUAACGUAUCUUACAAGAAGUACGAUCCACCUGUUGGCCAGAAGGGCGUCCAGUUCUCCGAGGAGGAAACCUCGUCCACGACCACGGAGAGUUCCGUUCAGGACGACGCAACUCCUUAUAAAGAGUCCGAGCGUCCGUACGUAAAGCCCGAGAAGAUACAAAGGAAACCUUUGACGAAGAAGCCGAAGCCACAGUCUAUACCCACCGUGCCAUCGAUAGACUAUAAGGACAACUACGAGGGUGACUGCGACGACGACGACUACGACAAGGAAAGGCAAGACAAUCCGAACCGUUGGAAGACUAGUACGACUAGGUCCAGCACGAAGCAUCAUCAUCAUCCGCGGAAUGCCGAGUCCUCGUACAAAUUGCCUCGCCAGAGUAAAAAUCAGCCCCGGAAGGACAAGGUUCCGCAGAAGCGUCGAACCGACAAAAAUCGCUCCAAGUCCGUAACUGGCGGUACCACGCAGAGGGAUGAAAUAAGGCCUAUUCAAGCCAUUAUUCCCUCCCCUCUGCCCCCUCCGCCGUCAUGCUGGGGAGAAAACCGAGCCAAAUUCAGCGACGUGGUGGCUCGUAGUCAGGACAACGUAUCUCCGUUUUUGGAUCACAAUAAAGCGCGCAAAACUCAGGCCGUUGCACGGCCAGACCUGCCGGCGCCCUUUGUCAACGAGACGAAGAAGAGCGUCGAGUCCGCGAAGAGGCAGUUCACUCAAGAGGUCGUCCAACCUCCCUUGGAGUAUGCGGUACUGUCGAAGUCGACUCACGUAUGCGCACAGUCGAUGGAGACGGAGAAACCCUGCAUCCAGGAUAUCCAGUUCGUGCAGACGAGCAAUCAGCUGUCGAACAGCUACUUCAUCAACACGUUUGCCGAACAAGCCAAACAUAUGCUGCAGUUCGAGCCAGACCUGGUGCCAUACGAUUUGCCGGAGACCGAUGAGCCUCUCGUCGAGCUGGAGAGCCUCGAGGAGGACCCACCUCGUCCUCUCUGGAACGACGGCGGACCGAUAAUGAACCUCCUCUCCGAUAACUCAUCCAGCUUCGAGUUGGACUCCAAGUCCUCGGACAAGGUCCCCAACUUGUCGGACACGUUGAAAGAUAAUUGGGUCACGGUAGAGACCAACUGGGAGCCGCUUUACACGAGAGGCGCGGUUGGCGAGGAAAGAAGCGGAGUUUGGGGUCUCAAUACUGGCGGUGUCUGGGCUGCUGCACCCUGGGGGGCUCCAACACCGCCUUCGACGAUACGCCAGUCGACCUCCUUUCAUUUGACCGAUCGAGACGCGCAGGAGAGGUCAGGGUUCGAUCCCUUCCGAUCGCUCAGUACGAUUUGGACGCCGUCGUCGACGGAAUCAUGGAAGUCGAAGUGCGAGGACUAACCCUGGUAAAAAUAUUUUGUGAUAUCAAAGCUGUCUCGCCCUUCACCCUUUCGCGGAAGAUUACAGGUUGACGUUGACUCUCGGAGGUAGUGCGAGGGGACUUGUGAAAAUGGAAACGCCAUAUCAAGGGCUAAUCGAUGCGAGACUGACAAGAAAAGGUUGUCCGGAAUAUUUGUUGAACUAUGGUGACAACAUCGACAUUGGAGUGGAGCUCGCAUCGUUGGCUUGUAAUCUUCUAUCCUUUUGUAAAACAGCACUCUGGCAAUACGAUUUAUGAAUUUCACGGACGACUCGGUGAAUUGUGAAACUUUAAUUUCUUCUUCUUUUUCAUUAUUUUAUUUUACCUCUUUUUUUUUUAGUCUUUUUUCGUCCAGUCCCGCAUACCGUACGUGAAUUCAACAUGUUUGAAAAUCAACGAUUCUGUACGACAAAGACAUUGUUUCGUUGAAGUGGAAAGAACAAAGACAUUGAUAAAAGCAAUGCAAAAGAAAGAAAAAUUUGGACAGUCGUGACUUAUGAUUAUUCCGUUUCUAACUGCUCUGUAAUCGCUCUCAUUAGAAUGGUUAAGUCCAUCGCACAUUCAUUGUCUCUGUUGUUUGUUAUAUACACGAUCGAGAAGACAGUUUCAUUUUGAUUUGAUUUGAAUUAAUUAUUGUGCUGCGUGUCGUACAGACGUACCAAUUUGUAGCUCCAACACGUACGGGUUAUGAUUACCCAUGGGAAAUUUCAACGAUUUCUCAAAACUUCAACCUCUUGUUAUUGAUUUUCGGUUAUCGCGGACUCUUGAAUUUUGUUGACCGUACAAAAGGAAAGGAUUUCGGAAAAUCGAGUAUACCUACUUUGUAAGACUGCUAAUUGUUGUGUUUCAAUAAAGAAAGUCUUAAAAAUGACAGUUUUCUUACGA